GCGCCGACGCUGUUCAGCCUUAUGGGAGCAGUGGGUUCUGUUUGCUGCCCGUCUUGCCAAGCUCAUCCCUCCAUGCAAAUGCAAACGGCGUAAUGAAAGGUACUCUGAAAGGCACUCGUAGUGUCUUCCUUGAGGAGCGCUGGGUUUUGGAUUAAUCUCUUGCUGUCAAUGGGAAGUGCGACGUCUGUGUUUGUUUCACAGCUUUCUGCUGGUUCCGGGGGCUGUCUGGCAGAGCCUGCAGUUACUGAGUGAGUGUUAGAAUGGGUUUGUUUGAAGGUCUCUGCAUUGCACAGCGCGUGGGCUCUCAGUUCUGCCCCAGCGCUGUCAGCCGGCAGCUGUUCCGAUGGGGCAGCAGAAGGACUUUGUGACCGAGGGAGAAACGUGUGCCAAAUGUGUGCGGCUGAAGGGCAGCAACUGCAUGGCCUGAGCACGGGGGGUUGCAGCAGGCGAUGGAUCGGGCUGGUGGGGCAGGGGGAGCUGCUUGGCUUGGUGCCCAAGGUGUGGGGGUUGGGUGUUGUUCACGCAGUGGGGUGGGCGCACCGUGAGCCGUCAGCUGUGGGUAUGUGGGGCUGCACCUCUGGGCUGCAUGUUGUAGGUGGUGUCAUAGGCUGCGAUGGGGGAUGUGCGGAGGAAGGGGGCUGAGGUAAGGAACGGUGGUGGGACAGAGGUGAUAAUGUGUUCCUGGGGCUCACAACGGGCACGUCGAGGAGCUGUUCCGUGGGGCUGCCUGCAGCCCCUUUCAGACUAAGUGCAGAUAUUUUUCAAGUCUUUCCUUUGGGAUCUGGUGGGGGAACCCAGCGGUGUGUCGGAUUUCAUCUCGUCUCCUCGUGUGCAUGUUUUAUUAACGGGGAGGCCUGAUGAUAUGCCCUGGUGGCACUGCGGUGUACUGAAAACCACACUGCCACCAACCCAGGCUUUGUGAUCGGAAUAUAACGCCCCCAGGCCUCUUAGAGUUGCAAUUUCGUAGAUCAAAUGCGGAUUUUCACUGUAAAUGAGAAGCGUGCCCGGCUGCUUUGGUCAGACAGGACCACCGGUGUGUGCAAACCACAGGACGGGGCUGUGUACAAAGGAGGUGGGGGUGGGAGCUGCCCGCAGCGCGGCCUUUGGCAUCGCAGAGCUCAGGGAGGGGUCAGUGCUGGUGGUAGCAAGGUGACUGCAGGUGUGUGAGAAGGAAAACCCAACCGACAGGAAGUCUGUGGUCGUCUGUCUGCUGGCAGGAGGCGCUGGGAUGCGGGAGAUGCAGCUGAUGGCGGAGGAAUAUACCGCCUUCACCGUGCAGUGUGUGCACGCUCAUCAGUUAUCAGACCUUGGGCGUCUAUGGGACGGCUUUCUAUGGGACAUCACUGAGAAAUGGGCCACCAUGCAGUUCCUGCGUGUGACACUCAUGGGCUGCUCUGCAGAAAGCAGCUGGGAGUUCACGUUUAAUAAAUAUCCUUUGAAAUGCUCAGCCGUUGGGAACCAUGCAGGGAUUUGGCGGGUGGGCUCUUUGUGUUCUGGGGUGUGGGGCAAUGUGUGCUCGGAGUUAGGGCUCAUGGGUACGGGGGAGCAGCAAAGCUGGAGGCACAGCAUCGCUUCCCAGCAGUGCUCCUGGCAGGGCAGGCCUGGCACUCGAUGAUCCUGUUAGGUGAGGCUCUUCCCCAUGCACAGCAUCACCUCUGGGAGGUUUGAAUGCAACGGCUUCAGCACCUGAGGACGUCCCAGCCUGUCUGAUGAGUGCUUUGCUGUUCUAUGAAUAUGAGAGCCAUCAGGGAUCCCCGCGGGCCGCUGCACGGCCAUCGGGGUCUGCCCUGUGCUGGGCUGGAAGCUUUUUUCUCCUUCAGACAGCGGAGCGGUGGGAAGCGGGCCUAGGAGACAUCCAGCCGUAAUUCCUCCAAGGAUGAUGUGGAGGAGCAGCAGCUGUGUGGCCAUGGGGGCCACCGUGGUGGGCCCUGAAGGAGCCGCGGCCGCAGAGGUGCUGUGUGGGCCGCGGCGCUGUGGUGGGGAACGCGGCCCAUCGCCUGUAGGCCCAACGGGGAGAGGUGCUGCUCGUGACCGAGUGGAAAUAGCUGAGAAGGGGAAUCCUCUUAAAAGAGCUGGCCUGUCGGGAGGUAAAGAUAGCCGACGGCUGAGAGGCAGUGAGCAGGGAGGAGGAAGGAGUGUGUGGGAGGUGUGGUAAUCCCUCCUGGGCCCGGCCUGGUGCGGCGGAGGGGCUGUGGGUGGCCGGGUGGGCACAGGGCCGGGGGUCUGCAGCUCUCUUUCACCACCAGCUCGCGGGUUUUGAGGGCUGUGGUGUCUCUGGGAGCCCAGCCAGGGGCCGGUCGGACUUUGCUAAGCAGCAAUCGGCGCUGCGGUGGACUUCGCACUCAGGGGUUGCCGGCACGAACUUCGGUGAGCGUUGGAAGAAGAGGGGAAGGGAUCCGGGAGCUCCAUUCUCUCCAAUGCAUUGCGCUCCUCUCACACCAACCACUCCGUGCAGUGCAGCAACACGAGGGCUGCGCUCUGCUGCACCAACACUGAACAGCUAAAACAGCCCCAAACAGAUCCACUUUGCCCCCACGGGAGCUCGAGCAGGACCUUGGCGUCAAGGGCUGUAAAUUCUUUACUCGGAAUGUUGUUCUUUUCCUCUACGAGAUAAUGGUUAAUUUCUUUCGGCCUGUUUGGAUUUCUUCUCUCUUUUUUUUUUGCAGCCCAGGUCCAACGCGGUCUGAUUUUUAGGGCUCUGAAUGCCGUGUUUGUUUGUGCAGCAGUUAAAAGCAUAAGCUAAGCUGCUAUUAAUUACAGCCGUCUUUGUGCGUGAGUUCUCCAGGAGUUCAGCCCGAUUCCUCGUAUUGUUGGCCAGACAAAGGGCGAGGAGAGGAAAUGACUGCGUUCUGUGCACUGAAUGGCCAUAUUAGGUAUAAACUAAAUAUAGGAGUGUAAUCCAGGAGUGAAGUCAUAUCUGUGUGUUUUCAUGGGAAGAGCUAAUGAGAUCACCCAGUGCUACCGGAUCGGCUUCAGAGCCUUUUGGCUCCGUUGAAGAAUGACUAUUUUGGCUGGGCUUCGCUCUGUGCUUCGGAGGGCUGCUAUUUUUAAAUGAAGGAAAUCGGUUUUUUUGGCGUGGUUUUGUCUAAAAAUAAAGUGAAAGAAGGCAGCAGUGCAUGGCUGCAGGCCUUCAAAGCGACGUUUCAGCUGCCCUGGUGGGCUGGAUCCUAACGAGCCUCCCGAAGGAGGGAGAUCUGCUCUGCAAACCACGAGCUGGGAUCCCGGUGCUGAGGGAUGUGGGACGCACUCAUAGGUGGCACUGGGACCAGAAGCAACAGACAGCGAGCCUCCCUGCAAACCUCCCUGCAAACCUCCCUGCUUUAGCAGCUCCAGAAUCAGAAUUCCAGCUCCUGUUUCAGCCUGGGAUGAUGUUUGCUCCCCGCCGGGGCGUUUGAGUGCCCGGUCAGCAGGGGGAACCGCCAGAACUGCAGCUCUGCUUCAGUGAGCUCUGAGAAUUCGAGCAAUGUUUUCAUUCCCAGGCAGCUCUGCCAUGGCUGUGGCUGUUGUCUCUCUGGUUUGGUUUUUAGCUGUGUUGCUGCUUUCACACGUCGGAACUCCCAGGCGAUGGAUUUUGUAUAGAGGAGCCCAUAGCACUGAAUGGUCAACAGCCCAAGUGGCAGUCUCCUACUUAAUACUUAAAUACUUAAAUACAAGAAUGUGUCGCAGCAUGGAUUUGGCCACGUUUAUCUUAUCUGGGUUUGUUACAACUGAAUCACUUGGUUAAACGUAUUGCCUGGGUGGAAAAGGGGUGGAAAAGGUGAGCUGGCUGCUUUUUCCUACAUCAGAACAGGAGAAAGUCACCUGUGAGCUACCUAUAACGGCUCCAUUUGUUGUAUUGAUGACAAGAAGUUAAUUUCUCCAGCGAAGGAAGCGAUGGAUGGUAUUUAAUGUGCGUUUUGAUCCGACCCUCCCAAAGGAUCAACGUGGGAUAACGUCUUUUCUCCAAAGCUCAUAAAGCACUGAAUUGAUUCCUCCCGAAUCACAGAGUUCCUUUCAUACGUCCCGAAAGCCCCACAGCUUCUCUCCAAAAGCUCCACGCUAACAAUCGGGUAGCAAUAAGCGAGAGCUGCACGGAGCUGCGCAACACAGACCCGCUAAUAACGUGGAUAGGAGUGGCGAUGCGGGGCUAAAUACAGCCUCAUCCUAAAAUGGUCACUGCUGUGCGAGUCAGAUGGCUGCGAGGGGCUGUUUGAUGGGCUGAUCCGCGUCGCCUUUCCUGCUGUGACAGUGAGAGCUGCGGUCCCUGCAGGGAGCUCCGUCUGCUCAUGCAUUGGUUUUGAAGUGCUCGUUGAGUUGACGUGGCUGUUGGCUGGCUGGAAGUGACGGGGAAAGCAUAGGAAACUGCCCUUUCUCACAGAGGCUCUUCAUGAUCCUUUGGCUGAAGGGAGUGGUGUUCAGUGUCACAACAGUCGACCUGAAGAGAAAGCCAGCAGACCUUCAAAAUUUGGCUCCAGGCACUCAUCCACCCUUUAUAACUUACAAUGGUGAAGUGAAAACAGAUGUGAACAAGAUUGAAGAGUUCCUGGAAGAAGUUUUGGCUCCACCAAAAUACCUGAAACUUUCUCCAAAGCACCCCGAGUCCUACACUGCUGGAAUGGAUAUUUUUGCCAAAUUUUCUGCAUUUAUCAAAAAUUCCAGACCGGAGGCUAACGAAGGCUUAGAACGCGGCCUCUUGAAAACCCUGCAGAAAUUGGAUGAGUACCUGAACUCUCCUCUCCCUGACGAGAUAGAUGAGAACAGCAUGGAGGAUAUUAUGGUUUCUACCCGCAAGUUUUUGGAUGGCAAUGAGAUGACAUUAGCAGACUGCAACCUGCUGCCCAAACUACACAUUGUGAAGGUGGUGGCCAAAAAAUAUCGCAACUUUGAGAUCCCCAAGGAAAUGACGGGGAUUUGGAGAUACCUGAGCAAUGCUUACAGCAGGGAUGAGUUCACCAAUACCUGUCCUGGAGACAAAGAAAUUGAAAUAGCUUACAGUGAUGUAGCCAAGAGACUCACUAAGUAAACAGCAUUUGCAGAAAGAGACGACUUCUCGCGUAUUCCGUAACAGUGCUUCUAACAGACUGCUCUUUUCAUAUAAGAUAGCAAUUGUUUUUUGUUUGCAUGAACUUGCAGUUAUUCAAAGUUAUGGUGGAUAGACCAGGUACAGUAAUUACCUAAAGUUUGCAGACUUAAUUAUAGGCUUGUUUUUCCUCACCUCUUUUCAUGGCAAGUCAUAUUAUUAAUGCAGUUACGUUACUAUUGUUGUGGGGUAUUGGAUUCCUCAGUAUGAGGAGUUCUCUUGCCCCCAUUCCUUUUCUUUGCAGACAUUUGCAAACAUCCCCAUCUACAAAUUGGUCUGGGAUACUGUCUUUCUGUAUGGUACAAGGAAUAUUUAUGUAUUUUGGAAUUUAUUGCUCUUCCAGAAGAUCUAUAACACAGCUGUCAUUAUGUGCAACACAUCGAGCUGUACCUGUUCGUCUAUCCUGCUUUCAUAUAGAAGGGAACUUACUCUCCAGAAAAGCCAUUUGAGAGCUAUUUGGCCAUGCUUUUAAAAUAGAUAUAUCUAUAUAUAUAUAUAUAUAAUAAUUCUCUUGGAUUUGAAAUCACAGUAAUGGUUGAGAAUGGACUCGCACGUGAAACGUGGAUUUGAAUGACCUCGAACAUCAGGAGGUUUGAGUCCAGGCUUGUGCACUACAGCCAGGAGCUCACGGUGCAGAGUUAACAUGUAGCUGUGUCUUCAAGAACGUGGUGAGACCAAACAACAACGAAGCAAUUGACAGCUUACACUUAUCCCAAAUUCUGAGUUGCAGCAAAGCAAUACCCGCCAGGAUGCCCUUUAGCAUCCCGAAACCAAAAGGAUUGGAUGCUUGCCAUCUGUUCACCUUAAGCAUUUCAAGUGGCUUUCUUUUUGGUAGUUAAGAGCCUUUAUUUUGUAUAGGUCUUUCUGGUGAUGUUUACUUACAGAUCUUUGCUGUCAUAAGCAAAAUGUGUAAGCGUUAGGGACGAGUAGCUGCUGCACGUGGUGGAUAGCAGUGCAGUGAUGGGCGAUGCAAAACUGACCGCUGGCAGCCCGUGGAGUGGGAGUCUUUCUGGGAACUUUUGUAAGCUGUUUGAUUUAAUGUUUGUCCUAAAGAAAGCUGAAGUGACCUUUCAAGAUAACACUUGCCUUAAAUUCGAGCGUUCCCUUUUCUUUUCUUAACCUGAAGGGAUAUCUGUUCGUUACUCCUGUAAAGAAAGGCUGCGUGGAAUCCGGUCCUGUACACCACAUUUACCUGAACUGCUUUCUGUGCACCUGGAUUGCAGCUUUGCACGAUCGGAAUCGUGGCACUACCAGACAGGACUUUUUUACUGCAACACUGAGGAAUAGCACUGCAGUUUUUCUAAGAGCCAAUUUUUGAGCGUUUCUGAAGUGGGGAAAUGACAGUUUUCCUGUUUCAGAUGGAUGAGUUUGGUGCAUGGAAUGAACAGCUCGGUAAUUUUGAAGAGGCCACCAUAAAGACUCCAAAGAACACUUAGACCUGUAUGCCUAUUUUUUUGUAAAGCUACUUUUGUAUUUAACUGAUUUCAGAAGCUGGAAAGUGCUAUUCCUGCUCGGUUGUCCUCGGAAUAUUUGACGUUCUGCAAUAACACGAAGGCGCUCACAUAAACACUUUUAUACACUGCGUUUUUGGUAAGCCCAACUUUUGUAAGCAUCCUGCUCCUGCUCCUUUAUAUACCCCGUGGCGUCAGCUCGAUGUAGAAGAGGUAGAGUAAGAGAUGUGCGUUUGUACACGUGGCUUUGUGGUGCCUUGUCCUGCCUUCCCAGGGCCAGGACUGCGAUGCAGAGGCAAUGAGCAGUCCUGUUAUACGUCCUUCUGAGAGAGCCAUAGGUACACUUCGACCUUCCCGUGUCUUCAUGCAGCAGUGUUCGGGCACAGGAACAAAAUGCUGCGGUGCCACCUGGUUAGGAGGAAUUAAUUGUUGCCCUUCGUUAGGUGCUGUGUUCUGAUGUCACGUUCUCACCCUGAGUGAAGUUUCUCAGCCAUAACGAUCCUCUGUGGGGGCUCAGUCUGUGCUGCAAUGUGACAUCUAGGAAAAGGGGUGCCUUUUGUCAGAGAGCAGCAUUUGUGUGGACUGGAGUUUGUGGAGGUGGUCGUGGUGCUCCGUGCUCCAACAGGUAGCCCUUCAAAACGGAGAAUAGGAAGGGAUGCCGUCAGUUUGUUACGUUCUGAGCUCCCCUCUGAAGCCCUUGGAGCUGUCUCAGGCUCUUUGCAAGGGCACAUUGGCCAUUAUUGCUCUCAGCACAGCUGCCAGCACGGAGCAGCUCCGUGCAGCUCCUGUUGUGCGCGCUGCCUGCAUAUCAAUGCACGCAAAUGCCAGACCUGCGCAAGCAGCAGCGUGCCGUCUUGUAACGAUAAUAUAUUCUCCCUGCUUUCCAGGCAAUCUUCAGACCAUUAUAAUACUCUGUAUUCAGCACGAAGUAUUUUAAUGACGCUGUCUGAACGCUUGUAAACAAAGCUGAGGCUCUGGCUGUAACAAAUGUAUGUUUUAUGCCCACACAGUGCAGUGCUGAGCAUUGAAGCCUUUCUCUCAGGGGCACAAUUGAAGCAAGCGCCAGGUUGGUAGUCCCAAAGGUGGCCGCGUGUGACGGCUGUGGCUCGGCGUCCUCUCGGCUUCCUAUGGCACGGCUGUGUGCUGCUGGGGCAGAAGUUGGCCAUCCCUUUUGGCCUCAGCAGAGCUCCAUGGGGCACUGCGCUGCUCUCCCCAGGUGAGCUCUCCGUGCAUUGCUGGGGUGGCGCGAAGCCUUCGCGUCUGGUGUGGGCAGAGCGCUUUCAUCUGGCCCCAAUCAGCAGCCCGGCAUUAAUUAAAGAAAAAGCCCUUUCAUAACUAUGUAAAUUCUUGACUUCUGUCAACUUGUUUACAAUCUGAUCUCUGAAUGCAUUUUUAAUUUCAUCAAACAGCAAUUAAUCCAGCCCUGUUUAAAUUUGCAACGAUGCUCCUAGCCCCUUGUGAAGCACUUACCCUUUCAAGUAGGCAUUCCAGUUUGCAGGCUGCCUGCAUGUAUUAGCACGCUGAGCAACUCGCUCUGAUCCCAACCUGAAACGCUCUGACUUCUCCAUUAAAACAGGUGACUUCUGUUCCCUGCGCACACAACCCAGCUGGUUUUGUGUGGGAGAGCAGAUGAGAGCGUAGCAUCGUUUUCUUUUUCCUUUUCUUUAAACAAAGCUUUCCUUCUCCAUGAGACUCCCCGUGCGCACCCAGCUGCGGGUUGACCGAGAGCCGUGGGGACUUCUGGAUCAUUCCACGGCCUCUGCAGCUCUCCUGCCUGCCUGCAGGUCUGUGUCAGUGGCCCUCGUGGACAGGCGCAGCCGCAGCUCUCCUACGUUUGCAUUUUCCCAUCGAAUUGGUGGCUUUUUCCCUGCGGCGGGCAUGCCUGAGCCGCCGGGGAGCUGCACGUCGUUCCGUGAUAAGAGGAGAGAUGUAAUCGAGUUCUUAUGCUAAAGCAGCAAAUUAGCAUUUCAUAGCAAAGGAGCACAGACGCGAAUAAAUGGCAGAUGCCUGCGCCAAACCCGCUGAUGCCUAUCUGCGUGCAGAACAAAAAGUGGCCAAGUGCACUCAACAUCUUCUUUUUUUUCCACCCUUUGCCACUCCGAGUACCACCCGAAUGCAUCCCGUUCGCUUCUCUGCUUUAUCCCCGGUGGGGAAAGUGCUUCAUCUGCCCCAGAAGCAGUGCCAUUACCCGGCGGUGUGUUCACACAGGGAGGGGGAGUGCAGCAGGACGGGCUGCGGAGGCUCCCGGCGCACGGAUGGGGAAUCGGAGCGUCGUUUGCAGAAAUACUUGAAGAGUUGAUCCCAUCUGUUGUAGUUUGCUGCUGUCUUUCACCCUCUGGAACAUCUCUUACAGAUAUCCCCGUGUACCGCUGGCAGCUAUUGUUAAAAAUAAAGUUAUAUUUUCACUACCAA